GCAGCGCUGAAAUUAAAUGUGUUAACUGACCCUGUGAGGAUAGUUUGUGACUUCCACUGCGGAAAUAUUGCGGAUAAAACGGCGGAGGACUCCAGCGGGACCGUUGUCAUUUCAUCGGCCGUUUAUUUUAAUGGACCUUUCCUCUGUGAGCAAGCAGUCAAGCAUGGUGGCACACACAUCAUAGGAGGAGUCCAGUACUGACGGCGUGGAAGGAGUAACCAGGAGAGGAGAAGAAGAGAGCGAUAGUUAGAGGAGGGGACUGGACCCCGGUGAGCAUCAGAGCAGAUGGGUGAGACGGAGGAUGAACGUACAGCGCAGGCCAGCCAGCUCUUUGAGAACUUUGUCCAGGCGUCCACCUGUAAGGGGACGCUGCAGGCCUUCAGCAUCCUCUGCAGGCAGCUGGAGCUGGAUCCUCUGGACUACAGCAACUUCUACAGCUCACUGAAGGCGGCAAUCAGCACAUGGAAGGUCAAGGCUCUGUGGACCAAACUGGACAAAAGGGCACAGCACAAGGUCUACAGCCAGAAUAAAGCCUGCGAGGGCACCAGGUGCCUGAUCAUCGGCGGGGGUCCCUGUGGUCUGCGAACAGCCAUCGAGCUGGCCCUGCUGGGCUGCAAGGUCGUGGUGAUCGAGAAGAGAGACACUUUCUCCAGGAACAACGUGCUCCACCUCUGGCCCUUCACCAUUCACGACCUCAGGGGCCUCGGAGCCAAGAAGUUCUACGGCAAGUUCUGCGCCGGCUCCAUCGACCACAUCAGUAUCCGUCAGCUCCAGCUGAUGCUGCUGAAAGUCAGUCUGAUUCUGGGAGUUGAGAUUCAUGUCAACGUGGAGUUCGUCAAACUAUUGGAGCCACCGGCGGAGCAGAGCGAGGACAGCCCCGGGUGGCGAGCAGAGGUCCGGCCCUCCAGCCAUCCUGUCUCAGACUUUGACUUUGACGUGGUGAUUGGAGCCGACGGACGCAAAAACACAUUAGACGGUUUCAGUCGCAAAGAGUUUCGGGGUAAGUUGGCCAUCGCCAUCACAGCUAACUUCGUCAACAGAAACACCACCGCAGAGGCCAAAGUGGAAGAAAUCAGCGGCGUGGCCUUCAUCUUCAACCAGAAGUUCUUUCUGGAACUCAAGGAGGAGACGGGAAUUGACUUGGAGAACAUAGUUUACUACAAAGACAACACCCACUACUUUGUCAUGACGGCGAAGAAGCAGAGUCUGCUGGACAAAGGGGUCAUCAUAAACGACUACAUAGAAACAGAGCGACUGCUGAGCCUUGACAAUGUCAACCAGGAAGCGUUGCUCUCUUACGCCCGUGAGGCAGCUGACUUCGGCACAAACUACCAGCUGCCAUCCCUGGACUACGCCAUCAACCACUACGGGCAGCCGGACGUGGCCAUGUUUGACUUCACCAGCAUGUACGCUUCAGAGAACGCUGCUCUGCUCAGGGAGAAACACGGACACCAGCUACUCGUGGCGCUGGUGGGAGAUAGUCUGCUUGAGCCCUUCUGGCCGAUGGGUACAGGUUGUGCUCGGGGUUUCCUGGCAGCCUUCGACACAGCUUGGAUGGUGAAGGGCUGGACACAAGGACGGACCCCUCUGGAGAUACUGGCUGAGAGGGAGAGUCUUUACCGCCUGCUGCCUCAGACCACCACAGAGAACAUCAGCAAAAACUUUGAACAGUACGCCAUCGACCCUGCCACCCGCUACCCCAACCUCAACUCCAGCUGUGUGCGCCCACACCAGGUUCGUCACCUGUAUAUUGAUGGCCAACAGGGCUCAUGUAACCUGGAAAGAGGAGGUCCCACAGGUAGAUCAGUCAACCUGUCCAGAAAAGAGUCCGAGGUGCGUCCUGGGCGGCUGCUGACCUGGUGUCAGAAGCAGACUCAAGGUUACAGAGGGGUGGACAUCACCAACCUCACAUCUUCGUGGAGGAACGGCCUGGCCCUCUGUGCUCUCAUACACCGCCAAAGGCCUGAGUUCAUUGAUUAUGAAUCUCUUAACGAGGAGGACGUCGCUGGGAAUAACCAGUUGGCAUUUGAUGUGGCUGAGCGGGAGUUCAGCAUCCAGCCAGUGACCACGGGAAAGGAGAUGGCUGCGGAGGCUGAACCGGACAAGCUACUGAUGGUCCUUUACCUUUCCAAAUUCUACGAGGCCUUCAGGAAUUCACCAGUAAACAACGGUACAAGAGAAGCAGAUGAAAACAGUGAAGAUUAUCCGUCUAAAACCAACCACAAACUGAACCUGCCUCCACCCAGGAAGAGGAAUCCCAGGGAUGACAAGACGGUGGAAGACGAUUCUAUCAACAAGCGACCGCGAAAGGGCAACCACUACCUCACGGAGUUGUCUUGUCACAGUGCGCUCCCUGCUGGCGAGGACGGAGAGCUGCGGGAGAAUAAGGUGCGCUCCAUGGCAACUCAGCUGCUAGCCAAAUUUGAGGAGAACUCUUCAACAGCAAAGACACGCAGCAAGAGUGUGGUACGUAAGGACUUCUCCUCCGGGCUCGGCGGCAGCGACAUCUGCCACUUCUGCACCAAGCGGGUGUAUGUCAUGGAGAGACUGAGCGCUGAAGGCUAUUUCUUCCACCGCGAGUGUUUCCGCUGCGACGUCUGUAACUGCACCCUCCGUCUGGGAGGACACACCUUCGACUCACACGAGGCAAAGUUCUACUGCAAGAUGCAUUACGCCCAGCGUCAAUCCAGCACUCACCUGGGCAGGUUCAGAAGGAGAGUGGAAGACCAAAGCCACGUCACCCCCUUGUCGCUGGACAGUGGGAGCUACUCAGCGACGGGCAGCGUCCAGAUCCAUCCCCCAGAUGGACCGUCCAGUUUGCCUCCAGAGCAGCUCGAUAAAGGUCAGAAAAGACUUCCUGAAGACACAGAGAUUGCUGUGGACGCUCUGGAUGCUUCCUGCAUUGUAAAAUCCACAACACAAGACGCCACAGGGUCCAAGGGCCAAAGCCACGCCAGCACCAAAGAUCAUAGCAACACCAAACAGAAUACUCGAUGGAAAAGGAAGAUCCGAGCGACCUUCCCUCUCAUCUUCAUCAAGCACUUCCAGAGGAGCUACAAAGAGGGACCAGAGACUGUACCUGAAGCCGACUCCGACUUUGAGGAGAUCACUACAGCAGAACAACAAACUGUCUGUGAUGUCACUUCCAAGACAUCAGCAGAUUCCCCGAAUCAGUCAAAGAGACGUGAGAAGAGCGAAAAACACUCCGCUACAGCGAAGGCAGUCUGCAGCCCGUCCCCCAAAAAGACACGCUUAAAGAUAUCUCCGUCUGAGAAAGAGAAGCUUCUAAACUGGGAUGUGGAGGUCACACCAGAGGAAACUCCUGUUAACGCAGACGCCAAGUCUGCACAGCAACACAGAGACCAGGUACAAGCAGAGACAGAAGCAGAUAAGCCUCACACAGACUCGCGCCAGGACGGAGAACCAUCCCAGAGCCAAAGCCCUGCCUCCUCCCACUCAGCCUUCCAGCUUAUAGCCAAUGCCUUCAGGAGGACAUUUAGUGUGACCAAUCCCUCCAGCAGCUCCAACGCUGCAGUCACUAUGAGACCUAAACGUGACGGCCUCCACAGACAGAGGCCCAUGUCGGAGGGAGCGUUGAACUUCAGCUCCUUCCUCAGCUCUGUAGGUCCUGAGCCGUCCGCAGGGCAGAAGAAGGCUGGCAAGCGUGAAGUACGGUUGGCGUCCGUAGGGGCCGACCCAUGGGGCGGCGGGCGGGACCUGCCCUCUCUGCUGCAGCAGGUGUCUCUGAAGGGUCGGAGGGACUCUGAAGGGGUGUUCUCUGAUGACAUGGGCUCGCUGCCCCGCAGGAGGGUCGACUUGUUCUCCUCCCUGAGGCUGAGGAAGAAGCAGGCGUCGGACAGCGAGGGGAAGGACCAGGAGGCUCAAAAGGAAAUCCGCACUAUCCUCACCAACCUCCGAAACAAAGCCUCCAGUCAACAGAACCUGGAAGAGCUUUCCUCCAGUGACGAUGAAAAUGAAAAUGAAAAUCUGCCAUUCAGUCAGGAGCUGUGUACAGAGAGACAGAGGAGAAAGCAGGAGAAGAUAGUAGCCCAGCAGACGAAAAGAGAACAGCUGAAGAGACUUCACAGAGCUCAGGUGAUCCAAAGACAACUUGAGGAAGUUGGAGAGAAGCAGAGAGACCUAGAAGAGAGAGGAGUGUCUAUAGAGAAGAUCAUAAGAGGAGAAACAGAACCGUCUCAGGAUGAGGACAGCGAUGAGGCCCAGCUCUAUCAGUCCUGGUUUAAACUUGUCCUGGAGAAGAACAGAUUGGCACGCUAUGAGUCUGAACUCAUGAUCUUCGCCCAAGAGCUUGAACUGGAGGACACACAGAGCCGACUGCAACAAGAUCUACGAUGCAGAAUGGCAAUAGAGGAUACAAAGAAGAGCGCCUCUGAGCUCCAGGAGGAGCAGGGGAUCCUGUCGGAGAUCAUGACGACAGUGGAGAAACGGGACAUGUUGGUCUCCAUACUGGAGGAGCAGAGGCUAAAGGAGAGGGCUGAGGACAAGGACCUGGAAAGCCUCGUGCUGUCCAAGGGCUACGAGUUCCACUGGGCCCAGGCGGAUGACAGCUGGGGGCAGGAGAAGCUGGAGUGUGAGGGUUGAAUCUUGAGCACCUCGGUGGUGAAGAACAGAAUCAUAAAGAUGUACACAUCACUAUUUUAAAGAAACAGGGUAAAAUUUUACCACAAUAGUUUGUGUGUGGUUUGUUUGCUAAAAAUCCAGCUGAGGAUGGAAAUGUCAUGAAAGCCCAAAGACAACAGCGAAGCUUUUGUCUCUUCACUUCUCUGUCACAUUGCGCUGGUAUGCUGAGCUCGGAGAAUAAGGAUGACUGGAAAUGGAGCCUGAGCUAAUGACUUCCUUUACAGCCAUGAGGGCUAAUAACAUCUCUGCCAUUAAGGUUAUUUGACCUCUGUGCUCAGAAGGGUAAUCCGUCAUGGCCCAGGCGGACACUGACCUGCUGAAAAUGGUUGUACAAUAUGAUUAACCACUUAUGAUAAUAAUGUGACUGCCUGAAAAUGUAUGCACACUUCAUAAACCAAACUGACUUUCCUAAUCAACAGCUGCUCCAUGUGGUUGCUUGCCUUAAGAGUUAGAACUGCUGUGACAGAUUUCUUACUACUGUAACACUGUAUAGCCUCACUGGAUAGCACAUGGAACAACUCCACACUUUUCUUGAAGUUGCAGUGUUUGUCACAGUGUGAAUUGUUAUAUAUCUGUGUCAUAAAUCCAGAGAUGUGCUGUAUUUAAAUCACUGUUAGUCAAAUUGUAACUAUUUGUGUGAAUGCAAGCUUUCUUGUGCGUAUUUUAAUAUUAUUUUUUCACUUCAUGUUGGAACACUGUCACAUAAAAUUUAAUUGUAUUCACACCCAGACACAAAUGAGCACAGGAGAAAACAACAUCCUAACUGCAAGGUAUUUGUAGUCAGCAGGUAAGAGGCCAGGUGGCUGAGAAUUUCACCCUUUUACUCCUUUGCGACACUAGUUGUCACAUAAUCCAAGACUGAAUCACAGGCCGGAAAACUACUGCUGCACAGGCUGAAACUUACUGCAGGUUGCGGAUGUGGCCACACCCUAAUCACCGAUGUCACAGCCCCUGCCCUCCGCCAGCUGUCAAGGCAACCCACCUGCUGUGAAAUCACUGGGGCGUGGUCAGUGAUGUGACAUGCCUGAAAGAUUUAAUGCAAAGAAGGCAGUUUUAUGCUGCUUCUAGUUUAGAGUGGAUUUAGCCUGAUCUGUGACCAACUACUGUCAGUUAAACUGUGAUUGUUUAAGAAGCUAUUUGUUUUGCUAUCGCUACAUAGCCAACGUUAGCAUUCACAGCUGUUUAACUACCAGUCUAGAAGAAACAUUGAGAGUUUAGCAGCAAACUUAAUUACCCACCAAGAGCUGUCUCCAGUGGUGGGGGAAAAAAAAAAUUCUAUCACUUCUCUUCUUGUACUUAAGUUAGCAUGCUAACCAGCUAGCCCUGGCCCAGUCGGAGUGUCUUGUUACUUUCCGAUACCGAGUCACUGUACAGUUCAGGGUGCUCUGAGGAAGUAGUGCUGCUCAGAAGGCGCAUUGUAACCUCUUGUAAAUGUAACAAUGGCUGAAGCUCUUGCUAAGACUCCUAAGUAAACAGUUGUUAAUGCUAAUGUUGGCUAUGUAGUGAAUAGCUCGUUCAAUCUAUUCUAUGGGCUUUGAGUCAAAAUGACAGGCUUAUCUCCCCCAUGACAAGAUGAAUAAUGUGUUUACAUGAGUUUUAACCCUAGGAUAAGGAACCACACUUCUAAUUUAGUCCUUGGGCUUUAAAUGUUAUGUUUGAUUAUGGUGUGAAUUAACAAACACUGAGUUAAGAGGAAGUUAUGUUUUUGUGAUAAAAACUGUGUAGUGUUUCUAUUUUGUUUUGGUUUUAUGCUG